AUGGCGUCACAUGCGGACAGUGCGCACGACCUCUUAGAUCUCGACAUAGGCACAUUGCGGCAAUAUGUCGAGCUCUUCCCAACUGAGGGUUUGUCGAAAGUUAUCACAGGAUAUCUGAGCAGUGGCAUAUCGAAAUAUCCACUCACGCAAGAGAAGGGAGAUGCGCCAGAUCUGAGCGAAGGCGGGGUAUCCCUCAGCGUCGAUCUGCCUGUCUCACAAGACGACUGUCUGGCCCUAAUGACAGAAGGUAUUCUCGAAGCCAGGAAGUCACCACUUGCACAUGUCUUAUUAGGCGAUUUCUAUCUUUCCUUGGAAGAGUACGAGAGUGCUGUCGAGUGUACUCGGAAAGGUUUGAAGCUUGCAGCAAACGAAGCCAAGAAGACGGAUCUGUCAUUCCAGCGCACACGUGAUGCGCUGAGCAGUACACUUGCCACAGCACUUGUUUACUACCAGGCGCCUAGGAACCACCUGGAAGCUAAACAGAUCUUCCGGGAGAUACUCAAGCGGAAACCAAGGUUCACGGCUGCGCUGAUUGGUCUCGGUCUCAUACUUGAGGAAGAUGAGGAUUACAAGGAAGCCGCGGAGUUCUUGGAGCAGGCCCUGAAGCAAGACCCGGAUAAUGGUCGCAUUGGAGCAGAAGCAGCUUGGUGUCAGGCACUCGAUGGCGAUUAUAAGGCCGGACUGGACAAGCUCGAAGGCUAUAUUGACCACCCACAAAUGGACGCAUCCAACUCACGCGGUAGAGAAUUACGUGCACAGACUCUAUACCGGAUCGGUGUGUGUAUAUGGGAGCUCGACCCUUCGAAAGCUGCACGAAAGGACCGACAAGGAGCUUACGCUAGGCUUCUCGCUGCGAUCAAAGCAAACCCGAACUAUGCACCCGCAUACACUCUGCUUGGUAUAUUCUACGAGGACUACAACAAGGACCGCAAACGAGCAAGGCAAUGUUUCCAGAAAGCCUUCGAACUAUCUCCGUCCGAGAUCGUUGCAGCUGAGCGGUUGGCCCGACUGUUCGCCAAUCAGGGUGAAUGGGAUAUUGUUGAGGCUGUCUCACAGAGAGUCGUUGACUCUGGCAAAGCAAAACCAACCCCAGGCUCAAAGAAGAAGGGUGUCAGCUGGCCGUUCUCUGCAUUGGGAGUUGUUCAAAUGAACAAGCAAGAGUACCAGCAGAGCAUCAUCUCAUUCCUGUCCGCUCUUCGCAUCAGCCCAGAUGACUACUACUCCUAUGUCGGUCUUGGUGAGAGUUACCAUAAUUCUGGACGCUACAACUCCGCACAACGUGCCUUCAACUACGCCGAGAAUCCAUCAGACGAUGUUAUCAUGAAGAAGACCGAUAACGAAAGCUGGUUUACCAAGUAUAUGCUUGCAAACGUCAACCGGGAGCUUAGCGAGUAUGAUGAAGCACUCCAAGGCUACGAAGCUGUUCUUUCCCAACGGUCACAAGAGUUCGGAGUAUCGAUUGCCCUCAUUCAGACACUCGUAGAAAAGGGCUGGCACUGCAUCGAGACCGGAUUCUACGGUGAAGCCGUGGACAGCGCCAUCCGAGCCAUUGAGGUCGCCUACACAGUCACAGAGUACAAGCCCGAUGCAUUUAACCUCUGGAAGGCAGUCGGAGAUGCGUGCAGUUUGUUCAGUUGGGUGCAGGAAAAGCUUGAGAAGUUCCCUUCUGCAGACGUUGAGCGCUUAUUGCGAAGCCAAUCAGACGUUGGCGUCAACUUCGAUACACACAAAGACAUCGACAACAUUGGCAACGAUGAUCUCGCUACUUUCUCUUCGACAGAGGUGUCAAUCCUCACAAAGGUAUUGAAGGCUUCCAUUCUCGCGCAAAAGCGAGCUAUUGCCAGCUGCGAGCACGACAUCCACGCUCAGGCUGUAGCAUGGUACAACCUUGGCUGGACUGAGUACCGUGCUCACGUCUGCCUGGAACAGGAAGGGAACGAUGAGCAGAAACUCACAGCUUUCUUGAGAGCAGCAAUGAAAUGCUUCAAGCGCGCCAUCGAGCUCGAAGCUGGCAACUCUGAAUUCUGGAACUCUCUCGGCGUGAUAACGACGACACUCAGUCCCAAGGUCGCUCAGCACGCGUUCGUACGUUCUCUGCAUCUCAACGACCGCAACGUGCACGUCUGGACAAAUCUAGGCACGCUCUACCUACUCCAAAACGACCUCCAUCUUGCUGACACAGCAUUUGGACGCGCACAAGCCCAAGACCCUGAUUACGCUUUAGCCUGGGUGGGUAUGGGAUUAGUCGCCCUUCUUGGUGGGAAGGAGAGCGACGCAUUUGCGCACUUCACGCAUGCGUUCGAGUUGUCAGAUUCCUCGUUACUCCUGACCAAGCGACAGUAUGCAGUCUCGGCGUUCGACUUCCUUGUGUCAUCACCGUCAUCUUCGAACACGAUCGUCAAUCUGAUACAGCCACUGUUCGCUCUCCAGCAGCUCAACCGUCAGGUACCAUACGACCUAUCGCACAAGCAUCUCGCAGCGCUGUUCCUGGAGCGAGUCGGUAAUUACGACGCUUCGGUGGCCGCUCUACAGGCUGUUUCCGAAGCUGCCGAACAAGAGUACGAGAAGUCUGAGGCUUUACCUGCUCUUGCGCGUAUUGUCCAAGCGAAGAACGAUCUUGCGCGGAACCAACUUGCGCUAGGUUCAAAUGACUCCGCGGUAGAGGAGGCAGAGACUGCGUUGGACCUCAUGGCUGAGCUUGAAGGUGACACUGGCCAGUCGAUCUUGUCUGCCGAGCAACUUGACAAAAUACGGUUGUCCGCUCGCCUUACCGCCGGUCUCGCACACUACUUCAGCGGUGCACUUGAUGCAGCGCUACCUUACUUCCGCACAUCGCUCGAAGCCACAGGGUCUCACCCAGACAUUAUCUGCCUGCUCGCAGAGGUGCUCUGGGCAAAGGGAGGCGACAACGAAAGACAGGUCGCGCGUGAACAGCUCUUCACCGCCUCCGAGAAGCACGAGUCACACGUCGGCAUCCUCACGCUCGUCGGCGCAAUGACUGUCCUAGACGACGAUCUCGAAACCAUGGAAGUCAUCAAGGAUGACCUCGACCGCCUGCGCACCGACAAAACCCUUACUGACGAGCAGCUUGCACGCAUCGAGAAGAUAGUCGAAGCCAUCUCCAUCAGCCUCGGCGGUGCAGACCAAGAGCUCGACGAAGCGCGACGAAGCGUCGUGCUCGCGCCCUGGAAGCACACAGGCUGGUCAGAGCUGGCUGAUGCGGCUGGUGGCGAUGUGUUUGCUAGUACGCUCGCAAAGGAGACUGCUCGUAGAAACGCACCGCCGAACGGCACUCUCAGCGCUGUCGGUCUGGCUAGUGCUAUGGCUGCAACUGGCGACGCGGGUGAUGCGCAGAGAGCGAUUGUCCUCGCACCGUGGAGCAAGGACGGCUGGAGCGGGCUUGUUGAGUGCUUGCAAAGCGCCUGA